AAAUAACAUUAUAUUUAUCUAUAAUUUUAUUUUCACUCCUUCACUCAAAUUGGUAUUAGUGAUAACAAUUUUUUAAAUCUUUGAUUACAAUUUAUACUUGCUUGUGUUUUAAUUGUUGCUAAAUAUUUGAAUAAUUACAUAUUUUUUAUUUUAAAUAAUCAUAGUAUACUUUGUGUUUAUCCACCCUGCUAUCCGCCCUCUUGAGGAGAGAUAUUAGCAAAUUACCGAAAACGCUUCGUGUUAUUUGAAAAGCGCCAUAAUUUAAUAAUUAUAUGCAUGUCGUGUUGCGGCUUUUUGGCCCCGGCGGGCGCGCAACGUGUGAAGGGAGGAGUGCGUGUGCCGCGUGUCAGAAUUAACACAGGAGGAUGGCUACUGUUCGGUUCGAUCCCUAUCUGCCCGCCGCGAGUGAGUCCGUGCGAUAAUUUGGCAAUGUGGGCAUGGGAAUAAAAAGGUGCCGGAGGUGGCUGCUGGCCGAGGUGGGUGGCGAACGCUGAAAGCAGCAGAGAGAGACGCUCCUGUGCGCGUGUGCGCCGCUCUCGCGCUGUUCCAAUUUUAUUGCAUAAGGUCACCGGGGCGGGUCAAUUCUAAUACACACCGUGUCAGUUUUCAAGCGCGCUUUGACCUACUGCGACCCUAAUUCAGUUGACUCUCUGCUCGGCCGGUGGAUCUCUGGGGACGCGAAAAUUGGGCGCUGACAAAUGGGCUCGCGGGUUCUCUGACACGCGAAAAUUGCAGUCAAGGUGCUUCGCCUACCAUGGUCAGGGAGUGAAGGAUGACACCGAAAGGUAGGAUUUAAGUGCAUCCCAUUCACUCCUCUGUAGGAUCACGAGCACAAAACUGUCUGAAUGGAGAAAUGUCUGAAUGAGAACAAUUUUGAUCCCGAUAAACAGAAAAAAUGAAUGAAAGCCAGUAAUAGGGGAUGAUUUUUACUUCAAAUUUUUACAAUUUUAUUGCCCUCCCGUGCAGGUUUAAGACAAAAAAUUCUCGCUCCGUACCUGGAUUUUAUAUUAUGCUACCUUUCCCAGACUUUGAAGGGACUCGCUCGCUCAGGUAUGCGCUGCGCCCACGAAAAUAAAAGUUUUUUUGGAAGACCAUUAACGGAGAGAGAGGAAAUAGAAAAGGGCACCAUAAAAUCGUCUGCAAACACCCACCCUUAGAGCGGCCUAUUUUAACAAAUAAUAAAUAUAUACGACGUACUCAGUCUUGCAUUUAAAAAAAUUCAGCAUUGGAAAAGUUAGUCAAAGAACGUCAGCGGCUCGUCAAGGCUCGUCUCUCUCGAAAUUUUUAACAUAAAUCAAUCCGCGGAACCGCCGCCGCUUUUCUGACGCGGGUAGGCAACGGCGGUGGAGCCAUAUUAUGCAUUACACCCAAGUACGGCGCGCGGUGAGGCUUUGAUCGGCUUUGGUGGAAACAUGGCAACGCUCGCUGCUUGGGCGGCUGGAGGCAGCGGGCGGGGGUGCUGCCUGUCGUCGCCUCUCUCGCCAGUUGAAAAGUUGAAAAGUCUGGGUUCGGCCGCGGGCGCUCUUUUCGAGAAGGUCGGUGUACCUGACGAGAGUGAGGCUUCGCGACGAGCAUCGCACACUUAGAGCCGCGCGCGCUACAUUUUUUAAUUAUUUUGUAUUUGAACUAGAAAGAUAAAGAAACAGAGAAGCUUCGAGUUGAAAUAGAGAGAUGUUCCUUUUUUACGGUGGCUCACUUACUGAGUUCACCAUCUGAAACCAGUUUACAAAUUAAAGUUAAAAUUUGGUCCGUUUAGUACAUUUAUUUAUACUACAUCUUUAUUAAAAUGGAAGUUUUCUAAGAUUUAUUAAAUCUUAAAUCUAUUUAAAAAUGAACUUAAAAUAAUAAUUAAAUUCAUAUCACCAUUAUAAUAAUAUGCCAAAAAUGUGUGAAUUUGACACCCUCGAUCGUUGUUAUGCAACUUCCACUUCCCUGCAAUGACAAUUUUUAUCGCAAUUCACAGGGGAUGAUAAAUGUAUAUUGAAAUUCAUUGUUUCUAUUUAAUCACAUGUAAAUGCAUUCAACCAAAGUAAUGGGGGCUCAUGCAACAACGGAAUCCAGUUUUCAUUGUUUGAGGGCCAAUCAGAAAUGGUACCUCUGAUUGGCUAAUGACAAUGAAAAAUAAAUUUCGUAUGGGCCCCCACUGAACGAAAUAGUCCCUUCCCUUGUGUAGAUUUAAUCCUCCUCCAUUGGAAUUGAAAGUCAAUAGAGUAUAUUUUAACAGCAAAACUUAACAAUGUGAAUUUGGGCAAGUUUUGAAAGUGUACAGUUUUGACAAGAACAUUUUUCAGCAAUAAAAAUAAUUGGCAGUUAAGAAAUAAAAAUAAUAAUAAAACUCUUCAAACGCAUUGAAUUUUAAAACCAUAUUUUUACUAAACGUGAUACUUCUAAAUUUAACAACUCAAUUACUAUUUUUUUUUUAACAGAAAAUACUAUUGAUCUAAAAAUAAAAUCAGGGUCCUUUGGCUGGUGUUACUUUGUAUAUUAUGAUGUUGUCGUUUUCUUCAGUACAGUACAAAGUACUAUACUGGGGGUGCCAGGUGUCACUUGUUGCAGCCGUGGAUUUGUUUUCUGGCGACUUUUCUCUUGUUGUUCUGUUUAGAAAUUUUUGUGAUCGGCGCCGACCCACGGAGGGAGAGUUUAUUAGUUUAUUUUUCGCCAACUACACACUUUCGUGUCGGCUGAUGCGUCCCUGAUUGUGUUCGUGACCACCACGACUUGGAGGCCGCGGACCAAGUGGCGCCCGCCUCGUGGUUUUCAUGCAAAUGAGGUGCGCUAUUUUCGUGCUUCGCAUAUUGCAAUCCCGUGAAUUUGCUCAAUUUGUUCCGAUAUUGUUCCGCACGUGAAUCAGGCAGGCGAACGCGGCUCACGUGAAAUUUUACCUUCAGAGCGUCCUUUCCUGUCGUUACACUUUUUCACUCAAUUGUAAAAUCAAUGUUUAUUUUUUAUUGUUCCUUGAAAGCUAAUCGUAUAAAAUCACUCAUAGCAAAUUUAAUAAUGGCUUUCAAUAGAUUGAUUGUUCUGCCCAUUUUUUCUUUGCAAAAAUGAAUACAGAAUCGCCAUCAGCUUAUUUUUUUGCUUUAUUUGCGGAAAGGAAAUAUUUGGAAAAAUUGAAUUAGACUUUCUUUGAAUCCAUUAGUGCCAAAAAAAAAUUUUAAAUUUUUUUUUUUUCAUAAAUUUUAACAUAACCCUUUUGUUAAAAUUGUAACAAAAUCUUUCAUUUGACAUUUUUCGCAUGUUUACUCUGCGGGAUAAAAGCAUCUUCAGAGCAGGGCGUCAUUCAACCCUACAGCUCAAACAACCCCUUUAGCGCCUCACAAUGGGUCCAACAUCAUCUCUCCAUAUCUGACAAAAGCCACAGAUGUGUGCGGCGCCAACCUCAAUAAAAACGAACCAACUUCAUUCAGCGCCCAUGCAUCGUUUAAGUGCCCUUCUCAUCUCGGCUACAGGUGGGGUUGAACGGCCUGCGGCUCCCCAUUGUCUUUUGGAGAACCACAAUUAUAGUCUCUCAAUAGGCCGCUGCUGGACAUUUGAUGUACUGACGUUGAGUUGAAAAAUGUACGCGGCCGCCGGCCAGGCCAUCCGACAAGCCCGGAAGGGCAAAAAGUCGGGCUCCACAGCAUCUUCCAGGGCGCCGAUCAACCCUGCCCUUCUAGGCGUGCACCCUAGUAAAGGCGACUCAGUCAGCCUAAGAAACUUACGAGCUGCCUCUGCGGCUGCAGCUGCGGCUGCGGGAAAGUCUGCGAGUCUCACAACAGAGAGAAGAUUCUCUCUGAGCGACGCAGCAGCUGUCCAGCACAGGGACAAAGCUACCAAAGCUCACCGAAGAUGGGUCAAGAAGAACAGGAUACGGGACGCAUCUUGUGGCGAUGACGAUGACUACCUCGGGGUUGAAAGUUCGGCGGCCAAUGUGGUUCUCUACAUCGGCCUGGGGCUCGUGUGCAUUGGCAUGGUCAUCUCAUUUGUAGGGCUUGGUGAAAAGGGCUUCAAAACUGCGGAGCUGCGGUUGAUAGGACCCAGCCUGCUCACCGCAGGCGCUUUCUUUUGUCUGCUCAGGGUUUUCUUCUGCACAUGUCCAGCGGCGUGUUGCUGCCUGUGUCCGGAGGAAAGGCAUCGCCGCCGGAAAUUAAAAUCACUGCGCCGGAAACAGCAAGGCGAGGCGGUGCUAUCGUCGGACGACGAAAAAACCGUUUCGACGAUCGUCAUGCGAAAGCACCCCCUAUCCAAGGUCAACGGCAACAACAAACACGUGGCCAUUCCCAUCACCAGACUGUCCCCGACCCCGUCGCCGCCUCCAGGCGAUCCCCAGGAGCUCCAGACGCAUCUGAUGGUGCCCACGAUAAACACAAGUGCGUCUUUGCCCAACUAUAUAAGUGACAGUAGUGAACCUGUGCCGGGGCCCUCGAGCCCCAACAAGAGGCAAGAGCUGGUGUUGAACGCCUCCAUGCUGGUGUAGUGUCUCGGAAAGUGUUGGGAUAAUUAUUUAGGUUGAAUUCCAUUUAGAUUUAAAGAAGAGAGUUUAAUUAAGCAGCGCCCGGAGUGCUCUUUCAGAGUUUAAAAGGAACUAAAGAGUUGAAGUUUUUCCUUUUAUAUUUUAUACGUAUCUAAGAUAUAUUUAACAGGGCCGUGUAGGCGCAGACUAAAUAUGAAUCUAUUGUCAAUACUGGCUAUAACCAAUAUCAAUGUUUAUAAGCGUACAUAUACAGAGAGUCAAAGGCGUCUAGUUAUAAUCAUUUUGUUGGACCCGAAAUACUGAAGCCAAUCGAUUUUUUUCUCUGAGGAGUUGAGCAAAACCAAUAUCUAUUUUCUCUCUACUAGGUGAAAUUCAUGCCGGAAUUUUUUAAUUUUCACCACAUCAGAGAGUUAAUUGCAUGACUGAAUUAUUUGCAUUUAUUUACUCCUAAGAAAUUUUGGAUGCAUAUUUUUGAUUCUAAACAUUAAAAUUUGUUAUUGCACUGAGGAAUGGAGUUGCUUAAGGAAUUAUAAAUUUAGAUUAAGUCAAGAUAUAGUGUUCAAAAAUGAGUAUGAAACUUGCUGUAGCUUCUUAAUGCCAGAAAAUCUUAUCACCUGUCCUAAUCAAAAGUUCCCGUGACAAUCCCAGAGUACAGAAAAUAUCUUUACAAAAUUAGCCUCAAUUUGAUCAAAGCAGAAUCAACUUAAAAUUUUUUGUUUCCCAUUUUUACUUUAAAGAAAUUUUAUUAAAAAUUAAAUCUGUAACUUCAAUAGCAUUGCGAAUAAUCACAAAUAAAAAACAAUAUUGCUUGGCACUGACAAAUUCCAAAAUACUCUUUCUAUGCACUUCUAAAAAAAACUCAUAUAAUACGCGGUAAAUUUAAAUCUGCAUUAAAAAAUUUUAUUUAAUAAAUAUGCUAAUACUAAAAACUAAUAAAAAAUCAGAAUAAUUCAAAAUUUCAUUGACGGAGUGCCCAGAACAACAAGCACGACGCCUACCCUUGAACGCAACUCUCCUAUAAUUGAGCUUAAAUCAAUAAGUUGGGACCAAAUCAAUUCUCUUGGAAUUUAAACACGAAAUGAGCGCAUCGUACCGCAAUUUGAGUUUGGGCAUAACCUUGACCUGAUAACUUUGCGACGGCAUCCGCAGCUGCUUCUAUUCUUUUUUCUCCUCAAUAAUAUUUGAAUAAUUAAAAUCUUCGGACUUAAUUUUCUUUAACUAUCUCUGUAGUGUUCAAGUAGAAAUUUCCGAAUUUUUUUAAUUGCAUAAAUAGCCAUACAAAACAGCAUAAUUCGGCAGACAUGCUUUUGCGCCUUAAAUAAUGAUCUGUAAAAUAGCCAGUCGUCUGCAGGAAGGAUAAAACAUUUAAAGCGAUUAAUUUAUUUCUUUGAAUUUAAGAUUUGAAAAGUUUUACCAUGAAAUGUAAAGAUUUUGCAUUUAAAAAUUCCCCAGAAAUUUUUAUAACCUACAAAAAUAUCAAAAGAUCUUAUACCAAUUUUCAAUCAAAAUUUUGAGGUUAACAAUCAAAUAAGAAGCUAUGCAAAUUUGAGGGUAAUAGAUAUAUAUCUCAUCAUAUUUUUAAUUUUUACUUACUCUGCAUUAUCUCAAAAAGAUAUUUAUUUAAUCUAAAUUAUCGGAGGAUAAUUUGAAAACUUUGAGCCCAAGUUUUUUAUUUAUAUUAAUUUUUGCAUAUAUUGUUGGCUCUAGCCUGUCAAAUCUUUGUCAUGAUCAAAUCCCCCAUAUUUAUUACCUUCUUGAAAGGAAAAAAUGAGAGCACAUGAAUUAUUAUAAAUUACAGCAUCUAGCCAAUGGGCUUCAAUGUGCUUACUGAAUGGACCAAAACACCGCGAGGACAAAACAAUUUAAAUAAAGAUUAUCAUAUCUCUCUGAAUCCAAUGCUAUUCCAUUUUUUUGAGUGAAUCACAUGAUGAAUAAAUGAUUCGAUAGCGUUUUUAUUUUUUAAGCACGUCACCGAGGCGAUUUGCACGGUUAUAAUGCAGUGUUCUCAUCGAAUAAGCCUCUUUGAAUUGUUUUAAUAAAAAUUUAGAAUUUAAAUAACUAUCGAGGCGGAGAAUGGAGAUACAAUUUAAGUGCAAAUGUCAGAGUCGAAGUAAAAUAUUUUACUAUAACAAAAAACCUUAAAUCGCACUCAUUUUAAUAAAAUUGUUAUCUAACGCCAAACACAUUUUUCUGCUUUUCCCAUCAACUUUUCCAAGAUCCAACAGUUUAGCAUUAAUUUUUUACGCGCCCUUCCUUGUAGUCAUAGCCAUGUAUUUUAAAGAAUAAAAAUUACUAUAAUGUGCUGUAAAAAUCGGAUAAAAUUUCUGUUUUAAAAAGUUUGUUUUAUUCACAUCUACACACCUGAAUCAAUGAUUAAUCUAAAUAAUGUAAUAUGAUGAAAAUUUGAUUAUUUAUUUUAAUACAUUUUUUCUAAUUGUUGAACCAAAAACUUGAAACUCAGUUAGAAUAAGAUAACAAGAUCAAAUUUUUUAAAUUGUCUGAAAUCAUUUUGAAAAAAUUUUGAACGAGUAUAUUAUCUUUUAACAACAUGAUAGAGUAGAGCAGGCACCUGCUGCAAUUUUCCAAACUAACACUGCUAGCUACUAAAUCUUCCUCUAGUCUGCUCUAGAGACAGAGAUUAUUUAUCAAUGCAGAUGCGGAAAAUUAAAUUAUCUGAUCUGAUAAUUUUAGUUAUCAGUCUUCCUUGUAGCUGCUAUUAUUAAAUGAAAUGCAAAUAAAUAGAAAAAUAUUGAAAAAUGAACAGAAAGUGCUUUUAUUUGGAUAUAAUCAUAUACAAAAAGAAUCUUUGUUAUUUCCACUCUCAGAUUUUUGUCCCAAAUUUUCCACCAGAUUAACAAAUAAUAGAUUUUUGAAAAAUUGCAUAACAAAACAACGACUCCCAGAUUGUUGCGAUGAAGUACGAAAUAAAUUAAGAAAACCACUCCCGUUUAAUAUACAAAAAAUUGUUAAUCCCUUGGCAGGUUAUAAAAUAAAAGCUAUGCUAGCAGUAGUUUCAAGUGCUUCUUACAUUCAUACACAUCAAUAUGGGGUUAAGUGCCCUCUCAGCGCAGCUUCUUGUUAAUCUCGCUAAUCAG